AUGGCUGAAUUUCUCAUCAAAGACGAGGACCUGGCCGGCCUCAAGGGCAAGGUGGCGAUUGUAACAGGUGGAUCAUCGGGCAUCGGCCUCGCCACAGUCAACACGCUGCUUUCCCAGGGCGCCUCCGUCGUCAAUGCAGACGUUCAACCGCCGGCGCAGCAGCCUGAGAGCGCCUACACGUUUGUGAAGACCGAUGUGACCAUCUGGGCUGACCAAAUCGCCCUCUUCAAGAAAGCCAAGGAAGUGUACGGACGCAUUGAUCAUGUCUUUGCCAACGCUGGUGUUGGCCCUCGCGCCAACUACCUCUCAACGGAAGUGGACGAGAACGGCGAUCUGAAGGAGCCCACGCACCAGCUGCUGGAUGUCAGCCUCACCGGUGUGAUGCACACGGCGACGAUUGCGAUAUACUACAUGCGCCAACAGGCCGAGGGCGGCAGCAUCGUCAUCAACGGCUCUACGACGGGUCUCCAACGGCUUCGUGCCGUGGACUAUGCUACGGCCAAACACGCCGUGCUGGGAUUCGGACGUGGUCUCAUACCGCUCAUCCAAUCCGCCAACUUGCCCAUCCGAGUCAACACCUUGGCGCCGACGUGGGCGGAUAGCAGCGUGCUUCCGGACCUAAAAGGUCUCAUGGCCAAGAUCGGCGUCGAGAUUCAGACCGCUGAGGCCGUUGCCCGCGGCGCGGCGUAUCUGAUGGCCGAUGCCUCCCGCAACGGAAACGUGAUCCAUGUGCAACUUGGGAAGUACAAGGAGAUUGACGAGGCUGUGCUCCUCCCCGCUUUUGAGUCUAUCAAGGGCCCUGAUUACCCUGGCGAAGACGAGGUUCUACGUCGUCUGCAGGAGGUUAUGAUGGCUGGUUGA